AUGAUUUUGGCAGACCCAGGGCUGAUUGUGCCCGUGUUGCACUAUGUGUACCCUGCUGUCGUCUUUUGCUACUUCAUGAGUCUCUCGGCCAUUGAAACCUUUGCUCUUCGUCAUGUUAAGUACCCAGAGAGGUUCAAUCCCAAGGAACGAACAAAGAAGGCGGCUGCGGGUAUGCUUCUGUUCUUCAUUGCCACAUAUGUCUUGCAGCUCACAGCCAUGUUUCUGCGUGCUGUCACAACCCAUAACUGGGGCGUGGAUGAUGAUGCUGUUAUUGGAAGAUUGUCAUGUAUCUUGAUCUUUGGUGUCUUGCUCUCUCGUUGGAUUGGUACACCCAACCCCAGCUGCGACCAACUGCAAGGAUCCGUCAUGAUUGGACUCUUCUUCGAGGUUGCCUUGAUUGUGGCCGCUGGAGCUACACAGAAUCUCAUUGUACACUCUCUAUAUGAUGGUCUCGAUAUUGUCAUGGCGGUGCUGCGCAUCGUCUUGCUAGGGUCCUUCCUUGGCUGGACUGCCGCUCAACGCUUCUCAAAGACACCUGCUCUCGACCAAGAAACGGAAUCUUUGCUUCCCAAAAUAGGCGAUGAAAACGGAGCGACAACUACAUAUGGUGCCACACAGCGACCCCAAACUGCUGAUGACGAUGCGGAGGAUUCUGCAUGGGAAAGAAGACAGAAAGUUCAGCGACAGGCUAUGGAGAAGCGACUCAAGGAACAUGAGAACUGGUUUGAAUAUGCCAAAGGCUUCUCUGUGCUACUGCCUUAUGUCUGGCCGUUUGGUAGCGCUGCUCUGCAGCUUCGUGCUAUUGGCGUCAUUCUCUGCAUUCUGGCCACCAACGCACUGCACCUAUUAAUCCCCAGACAGACUGGUAUUAUCAUGGACAGCUUUACUGGUCAUGCUGCUACUAGCCCAUGGGUUGCUGUUGGAGUGUACGCUGCUCUCCGAAUUGCAUCAUCGGAAUGCGGUGUACAGCUACUCCAACAAUGGUUCUGGUUGCCUGUCAAGUAUUACGCUCAUGAGACGCUUGCUAGGGCAGCCUUUUCCCACAUUAUGCACCUCUCAGCCGACUUUCACGACUCCAAGAGCUCAUCAGACAUUUUAAUGGCCAUUCAUGGCGGCUCUGCGAUUUCCAACGCCUUGGAGAGCAUUUUCCUUUCCGCCUUCCCCAUGCUUGUCGACAUGGGCGUCGCUGUGGUCUACCUGUCCAUCAAGUUUGGACCUUAUGAGGGCUUGGUCACGGUUGCAACUGGUAUAAUAUUCCUCCACUGCGCCAGCCGCCUCGUCGAACAAUCCAAGAUUAUUAGCCGAAAGCGACGCAAUGCCCAUUAUCGCGAAUACCAGAUUCGACACACCGGCCUCACUGGUUGGCAGACAGUUUCUGCAUUCAACCAGAUUGGCUUUGAAGAAAACCGCCACGCCGACGCAGUAACGAACCGCUGGGCUAAGGAAAAGCAGUACGUACUGGGCUGGCAGGUAUCCAUGGCCUUUCAAACUAUGCUUCUUACCGUUGGUCUCUUGGCUAGCGCCGUCAUUGCAGUAUUCCAGAUUCAAAACGGCCAAGCUACGUCUGGUGAAUUUGCCAUGCUGCUCAUGUACUGGGCUCAGCUCACGUCGCCCCUCCAGUUCUUUGCCAAGCUCGGCAAGAAUAUGAGUGACGAUCUUAUUGACGCUGAACGACUGCUUGACGUGAUGAAGACCAAGCCCAGCGUCGACAACAAGCCCGGUGCUAGACCAUUCAAGUACGGCACUGGCAAUGUGGAAUUCUCCAAUGUUGUCUUUAGCUAUGACAAGCAGAAGAUGGUAAUCAACGACAUGAGCCUGUCUGUCAAGGGUGGUGAAAAGAUUGCCUUUGUCGGUGCCACUGGUGCUGGAAAAUCGACACUCUUGAAACUGUUGUUCCGCUUUUAUGAUACCAAGUCGGGCACGGUCAGCAUUGAUGGUCAAGAUGUCCGCGAUGUCGACCUAUUUAGUCUCCGCGACCGAAUCGGCAUGGUGCCACAAAACCCUACGCUCUUUGACGACACCGUUCUCAACAAUGUUCGCUACGCCAAGAUGACUGCUUCUGACGAAGAGGUCUACGAGGCGUGCCGUGCCGCUUGCAUUCACGAUAAGAUCUUGAGCUUUACAAACGGAUACAACACAAAGGUGGGCGAACGCGGUGUCAAGCUUUCUGGAGGUGAAUUGCAGCGUGUGGCGAUUGCUCGUGCUAUUCUCAAGAGACCUGAUAUUGUGUUGCUUGACGAGGCCACGAGCGCUGUUGACACGGAUACUGAGCAGCAAAUCCAGCAAUCGUUUGAGGGACUGUGCCAGGGCCGCACCACAUUUAUUGUGGCUCAUCGCCUGUCUACCAUCAAGAAUGCCGACCGUAUUGUUGUUGUUGAGAAUGGUUCGAUUCUUGAACAAGGUACACAUCAGGACCUUCUUGCGGCCGGUGGUCGAUAUGCAUACCUAUGGUCUAAGCAAGGAUUUGACAUUUGCGAAGCACCCGCUUCCAAGGCAGGUGCUCCAGUUGUCGAUAUUGAGAUUAGUCUUCCGCUCGCCACUGUUGUCAAGCACGGCCUCAAGACAUCCACACCAAAGACAAGCCAAGGACUGUCAACGGAUGAUGAGGCUCGCAAUUCCAAGCUCAACCCUAUUGCCGCCGAGUUUACCCCACGCACUGGUGCACAGGUUGUUACGUCCGGCCCAGAGACACUCGAAGCGCGAACCAAGAGUGUCAAGGUUGACGGUGGUGCUGAUUCAUCCGAUGGAAACUAG